CAAACGUCUGCGCUUCAAAGGCAAUAUCAUGUUGGCCACGGCUGAGAUACCAUUUGCCAUUGCUGUAGCCGUCCUGUGGAAUUGGCUCAGCAUCCGUAAAACAUACCGCAAUGCAACUAUCCCCAUUUGGCUUACGACUACCUUCACACCAGACCUUUUUGUUCGUUUCUGGAUCAUAAUCUGAGGUGUGAUAGGAGUUGCUAUCGAUAGAAAUCGUCCAUUUCUCGAU